GGUGGAUCUAUGCGGCAAACUGUCCGUUCUUGUCUCCGACCUCCGGUUCUUCAGGGGAACACCGCCGAUCCUGCCGCUUCCUGUCCAUUGCGACCAGCAUAAAAGCGCGCAUUCGCCCUGCCAAAAUCUGCUGAGCUGUCAGGAACAAAUCCUUCUGCGCUUAAGCUUGCCACAAAAGUCGAUUUAUUCCCAACUCGCGUGCUCUUGACCAUGUCUCUCCGAUCCGCCCUACUUCUUGCCACGGGGUUGUCCCUGGUUCAAGCCCAUCCGGCCACCACCAAGCUCGCUGCACGAGGCACGAUCGCUAGCGAUCAGAUCGUGGGUUUCGACCAGACUGUCCCUGAUACCAGUGUGGGGACACUGUACCUGAACUACCAGCCAUACCUGAAGGUUGUGAACGGAUGUGUACCAUUCCCAGCUGUCGAUGCGGAGGGUAAUACCAACGCCGGUCUCGCCCCCACGGGCUCCUCAAACGGCGAGUGCAGCUCCUCUACCGGGCAAAUCUACGUGCGCAGCAACAUCUCCUCCACUGGCGACCACACCUACCCGACCGCCCUCAUGUACAGCUGGUACAUGCCCAAGGACGAGCCCUCGACGGGCAUAGGCCACCGUCACGACUGGGAAGGCGUGAUCAUCUACCUGGCCGAUCCCACCGUCUACACGGCCGACAACAUCCUGGCCGUGUGCCCAUCCGCUCACGGCGGCUGGGACUGCUCCACGGACGGGUACACGCUGGACGGCAUCAAGUCCCUGAUCAAGUACGAGAGCUACUGGCCGCUGGACCACUCGUGCGGGCUGACGACCACCGUGGGCGGGACGCAGCCGCUCGUCGCGUGGGAGAGCCUGCCGACGGCGGCGCGCACGGCGCUGUCCGAUACGGAUUUCGGAAAAGCCAACGUGCCGUUCAAGGAUGCGAACUUUGAUGCCAAUUUGGCCAAGGCUACUUAUUAGCUUGGCCUUGGUUUGGUGGUGAGGGG